AUGCCCAAAACCAGCAAGGCCGUCAAGAGAGAGCUUGACGACGAUGUCACAGAGUCUGUCAAGGACCUGCUUUCCAACGAGGACGCCUGCGACGAUUCCUUCAAGAAGAGCUCGCUGAUCGUCAACAACCAUGAUGGGGAAGGGAAAGAGUGCGACGUGGAGGAAGGGGGCUCGGACGGCGAGGAGGAGGAGCGUCCAGCCUGGAACAGCAAGCUCCAGUAUAUCCUGGCCCAGGUCGGCUUCUCUGUAGGCCUGGGUAACGUCUGGAGGUUCCCCUACCUGUGUCAGAAGAAUGGAGGGGGAGCGUACCUGGUGCCCUAUCUCAUCCUGCUGAUAUUGAUUGGCAUCCCGCUGUUCUUCCUGGAGCUCGCCGUAGGCCAGCGUAUCCGCAGGGGCAGCAUUGGGGUGUGGAACUACAUCAGUCCUCGGCUGGGGGGCAUCGGCUUUGCCAGCUGUAUGGUUUGCUUCUUUGUGGCUCUCUACUACAAUGUCAUCAUCAGCUGGAGCCUCUUCUACUUCUCCCAGUCCUUCCAGCAACCUCUGCCAUGGCAUGAGUGUCCGCUCGUCAAGGACAAGAACAGCACAUAUGUGGUGCCGGAGUGUGAGAAGAGCUCGGCCACCACCUAUUAUUGGUACCGUGAGGCCCUGAACAUCUCCGACAGCAUCUCUGAGGGAGGAGGCCUCAACUGGAAGAUGACGGUGUGCCUGCUGAUUGCGUGGUCCAUGGUUUGCCUUGCCAUGAUUAAGGGAAUCCAGUCUUCUGGGAAGGUGAUGUACUUCAGCUCCCUGUUCCCAUAUGUUGUGUUGAUAUGCUUCUUGGUUCGGGCUCUGCUCCUGAAGGGCUCCGUCGAUGGGAUUCGGCACAUGUUUACACCCAAGUUGGAGAUCAUGCUGGAGGCCAAGGUGUGGCGAGAGGCGGCCACGCAGGUGUUCUUCGCCCUGGGUCUUGGCUUCGGCGGCGUCAUCGCCUUCUCCAGCUACAACAAGCGGGACAACAACUGCCACUUCGAUGCCGUCCUGGUGUCGUUCAUCAAUUUCUUCACCUCUGUGCUGGCCACCCUUGUGGUGUUCGCUGUGCUGGGCUUCAAAGCCAACAUCAUGAGCAGCAAGUGUGUCGCACUGAACAUUAAUAAGAUUGUGGGGUUGCUGGGUAACGGCAUUGAGGAGAACCUGAUCCCGCACCACAUCAACCUCACUAAGGGUGCUCUGGUAAGUGUGGAGGACUACGGUCAGAUGAUAACCAUCUUCAAAGGGGUGAAGGAAACCGACUACCAGAGCCUGGGUCUGGACUCCUGCAGCAUCGAGGACGAGCUCAACAAGGCUGUCCAGGGCACAGGCUUGGCCUUCAUCGCCUUCACAGAGGCCAUGACCCACUUCCCAGCAUCGCCCUUCUGGUCCGUCAUGUUCUUCCUAAUGCUGGUGAACCUUGGCCUCGGCAGCAUGUUCGGCACCAUCGAGGGCAUCCUCACUCCGUUGAUUGACACUUUCAAAGUCCGCAAGGAAUUUCUCACAGUGGGGGUCUGCGUGCUGGCCUUCUCCAUUGGCCUCCUGUUUGUUCAGCGCUCAGGGAACUACUUCGUGGCCAUGUUUGACGACUACUCGGCCACUUUGCCUCUGCUCAUCGUGGUCAUUCUGGAGAAUGUGGCCGUCGCUUGGGUUUACGGAUGUGAAAAGUUCUUUGAAGACCUGAAGGACAUGCUGGGCUUCACGCCGUACCGUUUCUAUUACUACAUGUGGAAGUACAUCACGCCCAUCCUGCUGCUGGUGCUCCUGUGCUCCAGCUUCGUCCAGCUGUCCAUGACGCCGCCCAGCUACAGUGCCUGGAUAGAGGAAGAGGCCAAAGAGCACACUGUGAUCUUCCCGUUGUGGGGCAUCGUGGUCUGCAUCUCCCUAGUGGUGAUGGCCAUCAUGCCCGUGCCCGUGGUCUUUUGCCUGCGCUACUUCAACAUCAUCGAUGAGAACACCAGCAGCAUCUCCACCGUCUCCUACAAAAAGGGACGCAUCAUCAAAGAGACCGCCCUCCCGGGGGAGGAUGACGACACCAGCCUGAUUCAAGGCAAGUCGCCCAGCGAGGCGCCUUCGCCGAUGCCCGGCAACAGCAUCUACCGCAAGCAGAGCGGCGGCCCUGACGCUGACACCGCACCUAACGGCCGUUACGGUAUUGGUUAUUUGAUGGCCGACAUACCGGAUAUGCCCGAGUCAGACUUAUAGACUGACUAUAAUAGUAAGCUCUAUGCGGCCAUACCGGCAGGCCACUCCCCCCCUCUGUGUGUGUUUAGUUGGCUGUAUCAUCAAUGUAUA